UAUAACUGCGUCAUAAUACAUCUAAGUAAAACAUUCUACUAUAUAAAAAUCAUAAAAUCGAUCUCGCCAAAUUCGUUUUCGAAUCACGAAAACCAAAUAAUCAUCAAUUUCAGUAUUUUUCGUGUGAAAAUUGUUCCAAAAGCUGUGUAAAUAGAUAAAAAUGUCAAUACCACAAUUAUUUUUAACGGCACCGAGUCCGUCGGCAUCGUCUAUUGCCUUGCCAAAUGGCUCAUCAACAAAAUUUCAAUCGCCUGACGUGUCUGCUACUUCUAAAGAGAAUAUCCGUGAGCGUCUAAAUAUGCAUGUGAAAAAACGGAUCCAGGGACACGAUGUUAUUGCACAAUAUUCAUUACCACCACCACCAAUACCACAAGCCACUUCGCCAUUCUAUUCAAAUCCAAUGUCAUCAACAACACUCAAACCAAACCAUCAUCCAUUUUUGAUAUCAGGAGCACCAAUGCCACCGGUAGUAGUAUUUGCUAAUUCGCUCAUAUCCGUGGCAUCCAAUAUUGGUGGACGAACGAUACCAAUACCACAAAUCGAUCGACAACCAUCAAAACUAAAACAACCCAAAAAAAUGACGAAAAAAAAGAAAACCGGAGGAAAUAAGAAAAAACCAAUGCAAAUCGAUGCGAAUCAACAAGCAGAAAAUUUGAUUUUAAACACCAAAUUUUCGGAUGACAGCAAUGAAUUUCAUGACAAAAAUCAUGACCAUUUAUUAUUUAAUGGAUGCCCAUCGCCACAAAUCAGUGCUAUCUCACCGACGGAUUCGUAUGAUAAUAAAUUGUCCAAUGCACCUGAUAUACUGUCGAUGGUGUUGAGCCUCAAGAAAAACGCUUUGAUGCACGAUCCAUAUGUCAUUCAAUUUUUGUCGACAAUUCGGUAACAUUCGACAAAUGCCAGAUAAAUAAUCAUCAAAGUUCAUCAGAGUAACACCGAUUUGACUCAUGCACUUUUUUAGUUCAAAUCAUCAUCGAUUGAUGUUCAACAUUUUUGUCAUUUGUUCCAAGAACACUUAAGCAAUAUCGCUCGAGGUUAGAUUACUGUGAAUAUGAAGCCAUAAUGCAUUUUUUAGUUAAAUUUUA